CUAACUAAAACCACGGCGUAUUCGUCGGCCCCAGCCUGGCUCCCGGAAGCACACGGCGGGCUUUGCUCUAGCCUCAGCGAGAACGCCGGCCGCAUCCCCCUGUCCGGAGUUGGAUCCCGCCGCGCUUCCGGUGUGUUUUCCGGUCCGCCUCCCCAGGCAGGAAGUGCCGGGCGCGGCCUCUGUCGCGCCUCAGUCCAUCGCUCAUCGCAGUCGCUCGUCGUCUCGUGCAGGGCACCGCGGGUUCUGGUGUUGGCGACGAAUUAAACAGCCACCAUGUCAAGCAAAAAGGCAAAGACCAAGACCACCAAGAAGCGCCCCCAGCGUGCAACAUCCAAUGUGUUCGCCAUGUUUGACCAGUCACAAAUUCAGGAGUUCAAAGAGGCCUUCAACAUGAUUGAUCAGAAUAGAGAUGGCUUCAUUGACAAGGAGGAUUUGCAUGAUAUGCUUGCUUCUCUAGGGAAGAAUCCAACGGACGCAUACCUCGACGCCAUGAUGAAUGAGGCUCCAGGGCCUAUAAAUUUCACCAUGUUCCUCACGAUGUUUGGUGAAAAGUUAAAUGGCACAGAUCCAGAAGAUGUCAUCAGAAAUGCUUUUGCUUGCUUUGAUGAAGAAGCAACUGGCACCAUUCAGGAAGAUUACCUGAGAGAGCUGCUGACGACAAUGGGAGAUCGGUUUACGGAUGAGGAAGUGGAUGAGCUGUACAGAGAAGCACCUAUUGACAAAAAGGGAAAUUUCAAUUACAUUGAGUUCACGCGCAUCCUUAAACAUGGAGCAAAAGAUAAAGAUGAUUGAAAGAACUUUAGCUAAAACCUUUCGAUUUCUUUGUCUUACUCUGUUUUAUUUCCCCAGCACUUUCCCCAACAUUUAUCGACCUGUUGCAUGCAACUUAGUUUCACAGCUUUGCCUCUUUUUUUUGAUGUAUUUAUUCUAGACCUUUCUGCCAAUUAGCACUUGUAUAAUCAGACUACAGAUGGGGAUGAGGUUGUAAAUUGAAAAAGAUUGCGAAUAAAAAUCAACAAAUGUGAAAGCCCAGGAAAAUA